AUGGUCAAUCUUAUUAUCGUUCCUCGAUCUAAGAACUUGCGGAAGAUCAAUUGCGAUACUGAUCCAAAGGCAAAGGUGCAAGCUAUCAUUAGCGAGUAUUCUAAGGUCAACAACAUUGAUCCCAACAGAGUUAAGCUUUCUCUGCUGGAAGAAGAAGGAUCCACUGACAAGAAGCCCGUCCGUAGAACACUGAAGAAUGAGAGGACAUUGGAAGCCAACGGACUUGACUUCUCUACGACGGAUACCAUCACCGUUUAUGCAAAAGAUGUGGGGCCCCAAAUUGGAUGGAAAACGGUCUACUUGAUCGAAUAUUUCGGUCCGAUGCUGAUCCACUCCUUGGUCUAUUACGGUUUGUAUGACCCGGAUGUCAAUACGUACACUCAAAUUGCUGCUUAUAUCUUGACGAUGGUUCACUAUUUGAAAAGAGAAUAUGAGACAACUUUCAUCCAUAUGUUCUCUGCCGACACAAUGCCUUUGAAGUAUUUGUUCAGAAACUGCGGACACUAUUGGAUCUUUAACGGAUUGUUCAUUGCCCUUUCCGUUUACGCUCCUCAGGACAGGUACUAUUCUGGUUGGAAAAAACACGUCUUCUAUGUUGAAGACAGGCCUUUGAACCAACUCUACAUUUAUAUUGGCCUCUGGGCUCUUUGCGAAUUGGCCAAUUUCUAUUGCCACUUCAUCUUAAUGAAACUGAGAAGUGACGGAUCGAGGGAGAAAAGAAUUCCAUAUGGUUUUGCCUUCGCAUUGGUCUCCUUCCCAAACUACUUUUUUGAGAGUCUAGGAUGGUUGUUUUAUGCUAUCAUGAUCAACAAUUGGUCGUGCUACUUAUUCCUCAUUAUUGGAACUCUGACCAUGAUGAACUGGGCCAAGCAGAAGCACAGAAACUAUAAAAAGACCUUUGGUGAUAAAUAUCCAAAGAACAGAAAAGCCAUGAUUCCAUUUAUAUUUUAA